UCUCAAUAGCAAUAUGGCGACUGCCGCUCUCCCAGAGAAAGUCAGCGACGACUUCACCAAGUGUACGAUCUGUUUCUACACCUUUAAGAACCCGAAGGUUCUUCCCUGCUUGCACACCUUUUGUGAACACUGUCUGCGGGAAUGGGUCCAGAAGAACGAUGGCGACACCUUUCCGUGUCCUAUUUGUCGUCAGCCUGUUCCCUUGCCCCAAAAUGGCGUCGAGGGUCUAAAGGACAACUUCUUUAUCGUUAGCCUGGUAAAAGCCGUGACGGAGCAUAACAAGGUUCGCCAGGGCAAAGAUGAACUGCUCUGUACCAGUUGUGAGGAAGGGAAGCCAGCCACGUCCAGGUGUUCGGAGUGUGCUGAGUUUCUGUGUGAGAGUUGUGAGUCAGCACAUCGUCUUCUGAGAGUCACCAGGGGCCAUACGCUCUUCACGUUUGAGGAACUUAAAACAGGAAAAUACGACAACGUUUUCAGGACCAGGAAAGCUCCACCGUGCUCCAAACAUCCAGAAGAAAUCCUGAAGCUCUAUUGCAGGACUUGCGAGACCCCAAUAUGCAACGAAUGUGUCUUGUUUGAACACAGGGACUCACAGCACGACCUCAAGCGCAUACAAGAGGUAGCUACCGAGAAGAGGGAGACAAUCUUAGAUCUUACUCCACAGUGCCAAGCCCGAAUGCAGUUCUUUCGUCAGACGGAAGAAGUACAGAAACGCCUGAAAGAGCAGCUUCAACUGAACGCAGAGGGGGCUCGUCAGAAUAUCAAUAAAACAGCACAGACAUUGAUUGCGAUGGUAAAGGAAGAAAGCGAACGACUUCUGACUUGUAUUGAUACAGAGGAAACAUCCAGGAAGAAACAGAUCGAUGCAGAGAUAGAGGGAGCACAGAUCAGUCUGGCGAGCGCCAAGAGCACAUGUGAGUUUGCCGAGACUCUAGCUCGGGAGGGAGGAGACUACGAAGUUGUGUCUUUCUCACAAGAUAUGACAACAAGACUGAACGAGUUGACUAAACCACCUGCGAACACAGUGGACUUUGAACUGGCAAACAUUACCGUGGACUACUCGGUCAUGAGGCAGAAAUUGUCGUCAUACGGACCACCGGAUUCUAAACAUUGUUUGCCCAAAUCAACUGCAAAAGAACUGAGUUCCAUGCUGGAAAGUGUGUCAGAGAUGGAUUCCACAAGGAAAAGGAAAGCCAGCAAGAUAACAAAUAACAAGAACGAAAAACGUCAGGUGGGAGGGAGUCAGAAAGCCAGCAUUGGUGAUCAUGAGAAGGGAAUGGCAGGUGGUAGUGGCUCGAAUCGGCGCCAGCAGAAUCUGCGGAGAGGAAGAGAGAGUGGUGUUUCUAGUAGUGUGAACCAGAAGGUGCCGUGUAUUCAGCCAGGUCGUUUGAAAGAACUUGUUGAAUGUAAGUACUGGCGUUGUCAUGGACGAUAA